AUGAAUCAUGAUCAAUUGCGCCAAUCACCUGAAGGCAUGUGGGAGAGUCUGUCCCGCAUCGCCGUUAAGAGUGCUGAGUAUAACUCCCGCGAACGUCAGCCUCAUCCAAAGUGUCUGGAAGGGACGCGGGUAAACCCUCUCGACUACAUCUACAGAUUGUUAGACGACCGAAAGAAGAGUCGUCUCAUCUGGCUGCAUGGCACAGCAGGCGUCGGAAAGUCUGCUAUUGCAUUCACUAUAGCUGAAAGAAUGAGAAAUCUGCAAGUAACAGAAGAGGCGAACAUCGAGAAGCGGCUCGCAGGCACAUUCUUUUUCUCGCGCAAGCACACCGAACGCUGCACAACCGGAUAUUUUUUUGCGACGCUCGCAUACCAGCUUGCCUGCAAUUUUCCCAGCGUCCGGGAGGACUUGAACAGAACCAUCCGCGAGAAUCCUGCUCUUUUGGAUUCCAACAAAUCUCUCCGCGACCAGAUGGAGGGACUCUUUCUGAAACCUCUGCAGAAGCUUCAAUCUAGACUGCGCGAAUGUCCGCCUUCGGCGUUCGUUGUCGAUGCCCUUGAUGAAUGCAUGUCCGAAACUGAGGUCGCAGAUCUCAUUUCCCUACUCGGCUACGUUCUUCGUCAACCCAAUUUGCCCGUAAUCCAUAUCCUACUCACGAGUCGCUCAGAAGCAUACAUCCGUGAAGCCAUUCAAGUCGAAGACGUUCAGCCACUGGUGUGCGAGAUACCAGUGGAAAUUUCUGGAGAGGGUGUUGCUGCAAUCAUCUCAUUAGACGGCGCAGAUGUUGACGACGACAUCUAUAUUUUCCUGGAGCACUCUUUCAGAAAGCUGCGGAGCCGAUAUUCAAAUUUCCCCCAACCAACAUCACGUGAACUUGCACGGUUGGCUAGUCGAGCGGGAAGACGUUUCAUUGUAGCAUCUACGAUGAUGAAAUUCGUCGAUGAUGGAUAUCAUGAUCCCCGCGAUCGGCUCCACCUCAUGCUGGAGUUCACUAGCGAGCUGCUCCCAGGAACGGAAGUUUAUAAAUUAUAUGAUCGUAUUCUCGCCACAUGUGCCAACCCCGCGCGAGCAUACUUGCACUUAUCUAUUGUUGCCUCCCUUGCAAACCCUCUGUCAAUCUCACAAAUCGCGGAACUUCUUGGCCCUGGUGAAGGCAGGGACGUGGAGACAGUACUGGCGCAGCUACGGUCAAUCAUGGACAUCCCUACGGACCGCAGUCUCCCAGUAAAUAUCUUUCACUCGUCCGUUCGUGACUACGUUCUUAACCCUUCGAACUGCAACCUCCCUGGGGUGCAAUAUAUCAGAUACCCCCACCCCCUACUCGCUCGUUCAUGUCUCUACUUGAUGAUGCAAGCCAUCCCACGAAGCACGGCCUUUUUGGAUGCACUAUCGCAAUUGAAGACACAUAGCCGGGCUAUGAGACCCCACGAGCCGCAGAACUUAAAACAAGAAUUGGCCUUCAUCGUCGAGUCACCGACGCCAUUCACAGUCCUUAUAGCCCUGCAGUGGCUUCGGGGAAGUCAUAAGUCAGAUUUACUUUCCUGGUUAGAGACCCUUGACGGGUGCGCCUGGCUGGAGACCCAAGAGGGGAAAGACUGGCUGCAGAUUCGGUGGAGGAUAGACUGGCUCCAGACCCAGGGGAAGACAUUCUUACCGAAGGCUCAUAGCGUCCGAGACUGGCUUCUGACCCAGGGGAGGAAAGGCUCAUUGACUGAGGCCUGGCCAUCUUGGCUGGGGACGCAGAGCGGGAGAGAUUGGCUGCAGACCCAGUCAGGGCAAGAUUGGCUGCAAACCCAGUGGGGGAAAGAUUGGUUGCAGACUCGGUGGGGGCAAGAUUGGUUACAGACCCGGUGGGGACAAGACUGGUUACAAACCCGGCGAGGUCAAGACGCAUAUACCCAGCACAAGCGGGACUCGCUCCAGACCCUGAACGGAGAAGGCUGGUUGAAGACUGAGAGUGGGCGAGAAUGGCUUAGGGACGAGAGCGGGAGAGAGUGGCUGCAGACCCAUAGUGGACAGGAUUGGCUGCAAACCCAGAGUCGACAAGACUUGCUGCCAACCCAGAGCAGACGACAGUGGUUGCAGACUCAGAGCGGGCGAGAGCGACUGAAGACCCAACCCGGACAAGAAUUGCUGCAGACCCAAGGUGGGCGAGAUUGGUUGAAGACCCAGAGCGGACGAGAAUGGCUGCAGACCCAGAGUGGCCAAGACUGGCUGCACACGCCCCAUGGUCAAGCUUGGCAGUCGACUGCUGCGGCGUCUGUCUGGGUCACAAUGGAGGAAUUCUCGAGGACUUUGGAAGCAGUCGGCGAGUAUGCGAUCGUCCCAGAAUUGCUCUCACUUGCAGCUUUCCAGGCAAUCCAGCAGUUCAAGAGUUUGCCGGAUUUCUUGAUGUUCCCGGUGUUCCUGGCAUUAAGGACAUCAAGAUCCUUCUUCCGCCUUACCGCAGUGUCAUUUCCCACCAGACAUGGAGAUAUUCCACGCUAUGAUGGCCUUUGA